AUGGUUUCGGCCUGUCCGACUUGUGGGAAAGGCUGCAAGAAAGUCCGACGGUAUGCUCUUCAUCAUCAGCUACUAGCUUUCAAAGGGAAUAUCGACCAGAUGCACACCAAGCUUAGUAGGAAGAUGAAUAUGUUCAUGGAACAACUGUACGACGGGAAGAUAAAAUUGGAUAAGACCUUCAAUGACUUUCGUGAAAGACUGAGGCCGGGACCCCUGGCAGGUAGAAGCAACGCCGACCUGGUACGCUACCGCGGGAACACAUUAGAGGAAAUCCAAAGCAGCAUCAGAGACUUCAAAGACCAAGUCGUGCAGCUCUUCGAAGACGACAUAGCUAAGCUUGCAGUCUUUCUAGGCAUCUCUCCUGUGUUUGUUGACGAUCUCCCGGAUAUCAACCUUUGCUAUCGACUCCGUUUCGAGACGCUAUUCUUCAGAAGUAGACUGAUCAUAGUCGAAGAAAGCCUUAGGAUGCUAGGCGCCCUACGAAGUCUGGGUGAUAAUUCAGAGCACACUACCGUCCUGAUCCAAGGUUUAGAAGCGUUGACUACAGACGAGGCCAACAUCAACAUGAAAGCUUUGAACACCAUCAUCACAGAAUGCGAAACCAAGAACUUGAAACGCCUCGAAGCCGAGACCCGUUUGAUACAGAUGUGUUUCCACAUCCUACUUAAAGACCUUGGGGCAGCUAGUAAUUUGAAGGUGGAAGGUUCUUUGUGUCGGACACUCAGCCUUUGCCGGACCUACCCAGAUACUGCAGGAGUGCUCCUUGUGACCUAUAAUGCAAUCAAGCUGGUGCUCAGUGGUGAGCGACGUCAGGGGAAUCUGUACACUCGAGGGUCAAGGCGCAUAUGGUGGAGUUGGCCAGUGCAUAAGGUUGGGAACUUGGAAGAGUGCGUCCAUGGCCAUCAGUACUCGGCAUCGACCUGGCCUGGUUGCCCCGAGUGUGGACGAGAAGUACCACCCAGUCCAAAGCCUGAGCCCGUGAACCCUAAGAAAUUCCUGGACGAGGACGCUUUCGUGGUAGCAAUGCGGACACAGACCUUUAGUGCUGCAUCAUAUCGAACAUGA